AGUAGUGGCCCACGCGCAAUGCUAGCACGUAAACCAGAUGUUGGCUCGUCCCUCAAAUCCGCUCCGUAUAAAAAUCCCCUCCCAAACUACCCCAAUCAACAACUAUUCACAGGCCACUGAAAACCGCUCAGCCGCAGACCUCACUCUUCUGCUCACGGAAAUUCACUGUUAAAACCCUAGAAGCGAAACAAAAUAUGCGUUUAUAUUCUCUGUAACUAAACCCACCAUUUAUUUCUCUCUCAAUUCGAUGGCCUCGUUUGUAGAAAUCGAUAGGUACAAUGUAAUUCCACUCUCUCUGUCUUCUCUUUGUGCUUGCCCAUGCCGUCCCACGUCGAACAAAACCCUAAUUCUCAAUCAAAGACGGUAUCCGAAAUUUAAUCUCCGUAUAGUCUUUGAUGGAUCCAAACCCAUGCUUCGAGUUCGACAAUCCGGUAUUUCCACGAACCGCUGCUUGAUUGCGGCUGCGAUGAGAGCUGAGCCGGACCGGCUUGAUGAGGACAAUGCCAAAGAGGAAGUCGACAAAGGCAAUAAUUUACCAGUAAUUGAGGAUUCAGUUUCAGAACGUCAACAGAAAGCAAGUCAGUUAAAGAAAAGGAUUGUUUUUGGACUUGGCAUUGGAAUCUCUUUUGGGGGUAUCGUACUGGCUGGAGGAUGGGUUUUCACGGUGGCCUUUGCAGCUGCUGUUUUUGUUGGUGCACGUGAGUAUUUUGAGUUGGUAAGAAGUCGUGGAAUCACUGCAGGAAUGACUCCUCCGCCUCGAUAUCUGUCACGAGUUUGCUCUGUUAUAUGUGCCCUCAUGCCUAUAGUUACCUUGUAUUUUGGCCAAAUUGAUGUUUCAGUUACAUCGGCUGCUUUCGUUGUUGCUAUGGCAUUGCUUUUACAAAGAGGAAAUCCUCGUUUUGCUCAGCUGAGUAGCACCAUGUUUGGACUGUUUUACGUUGGAUAUCUUCCUUGUUUUUGGGUUAAGCUUCGAUGUGGUUUAGCAGCCCCAGCCUUAAAUACUAGAAUAGGAUCUGCAUGGCCUGUUCUUCUUGGUGGUCAAGCUCAUUGGACUGUGGGUCUUGUGGCAACCUUGAUCUCUGUCAGCAGCAUAAUUGCAGCAGAUACAUUUGCUUUUGUAGGCGGCAAGGCUUUUGGUAGGACACAACUUACUAGUAUUAGUCCGAAGAAAACAUGGGAGGGAACUAUUGUUGGCUUGGGUGGUUGUAUAGCUACUUCUGUUGCAUUAUCAAGGAUUUUUUUGUGGCCAACAUCUCUGCUAAGUGCAAUAGCUUUUGGGUUUCUGAACUUUGUUGGGUCGGUUUUUGGUGAUCUUACGGAAUCGAUGAUCAAACGUGAUGCUGGUGUCAAAGACUCUGGAUCCCUAAUACCUGGACACGGUGGUAUACUGGACAGAGUUGACAGUUAUAUAUUCACAGGUGCGCUUGCUUACUCCUUUGUGAAAACCUUCCUACCGCUUUAUGGAGUUUGAUAGAAAAUUUUAUGACCAAUGGCUAGAGAAGAUAUCAAAUAAACCAAUUAUGGUUUUUCCUUUGCGGAAGUUAGGAGCACACAUACAUUCACUCAAAAUUCAGAAAAAUUAUGUAAGGGAAAGAGUUGAUUCUUGCCUUAACAACUUCAGAGAAGGGAAAUGAGAUUAAAAUUUCAACUCUACCAUCUCCAUAUUUUUCUUCCCAAAUUUCAAAUUUGUGUGAGUACCUCUGAUAUAAAUAUACAUGUCUUGAAUCACAUAGGAUCCAUCACCUUAGUUACUGUUGCAGUUUUUCGAUUCAAGGGCAGUACCUGCUUCUUUGCCCGAAAUUGUGAAAACUACUUAUCAAUUUCCAGUACAGUUUCUAUCUCCUUUCGACUGACCAUUUUCAAUUAUAUAUUUGGAUACCCAAUUUUAUAAGUGUGUAUUCAGCUGGGACUUGGAGAUAACAUAUUUUACAUUUUAUAUUGAUUUUCCUAUUUCAUGACGUCCUUGUUAUU